CAGAACCAUUUUUUUUUCAAAUUCCACCGCCCCCCCCCCCCCCCCCCCACCGGAAUUUCGGGUUUCCCCUCUUCUCCUUCGAUUUUUCGGCCAUAACUCCCUCUCCCAACCUCCAAAUCACAAACUGCGAACGCUCCCACGCUCCUGGCGUCGAGGAGCACAAUUCCCAAAGGUUUGGGCUUGUUUGGACGAGGUUGUGUCGCCGGCGGCGAGUUCUCCGACGAGUCUCCGGUGUAUUUUCCGGCGACUUGGGGUGUUUUCUUCCACUUUCUUCACCUCUCUUGCGGUAUCAACUUGCGUCUCCAGGUGUGUUUUCAUUGCCUUUUAUUUUAUUUUUGGAGGAUCGAUACCUAUAGUUAGGUGAAGAAUUUGUGAUUGUGGCAUGAUUUGUGAAUGAUUUGAUAGGCCGAUGGCGCUCUUUGCUUGUUAUAUUUUUGUCUCGGGAUUUCAGUUAUUCGGCCUACCAUUUGCAUGUUGGCAUUUGUGGUGGAUCGAUUGGUGCCUAUUUGGUAUGGAUUUGGUGUUUGUUCCACCGGGGGCCUAGUCCACUGUCCAAAUCGCUCGAUUUGAGGGUCCCUGGUGUGUUUGGUUGUGAUUCUCGUGUGAUUGGUAUGCUUGUUUCACCGGGAGCCUAGUCCACUGUCCAUAUCUUUCGAUAAGGGCUCCCAGUGUGGUUUUGUCCUAACAUUGACCCUGUUCGCUUGUGUGCCAUUUGUACAUCUUUGUGCUUUGCAGGAUCAUGGAAGACUACCUCGACCAAUUGAGCAUCACCCAAUGCCAUCUGCUGCGGACCAUCCGUAACCGCACUAUCUCCGAGCACCUGCAUCUCGAUUUUGUGGUGUUCGAGGCGCUUCAUGCCAGGCCGCAGAUGGAGGCAGCUGUUCACCCCUAUGGUUGGCGGCGCCUUCUCUGCCUCGCCGAGCCGACCUACCAGGAGCUCGUCUGGGAGUUCUACGCAUCCUUCCGCCACUCCCCGAAGGGGUCAGCCGACCAUUCUGAUGCGGUUCAUUUCACGCUCGGCGGGGUGGAGCACUCCGUCAGCUACUCGGAGUUGGCCUCUGCAUUUCGGCUCAACUCCCCGCACCCCAGCGACCGGCCCCUGUACGUGGACAUCACUGAUCCCACCGACUUUGCUUCCCACGCCUACUUCCAGCGCAUUUGCCUGCCGAACCAUGUGGAUGUGCAGUACAUUGCCAGCCAGACGUGGGCCACUCUCCUCCGUCCGGUGUGGCGCAUCCUCAACCAUUUGCUCACCCAGUCCUACACCCCCAGCCGAGGCUCGUCCAACCGGGUCACACUCCAGACACUUUUCUUCAUGCAUCCUCAACCAUUUCACACCCGCCUUGAUCGUGAGCGGGACCGCGAGCGACGUCUUAUGUCCGGCCAGCACUACAUCAUGUCAUACAUGGGCUUGGACCCGAACGCAGUCCACUACCGCUUCGUGCAGUCCCCGGGGUAUGAGGACGAGUACCCUCCACCCACCGAAGAUGGUGGUGAUGCAUUCUAGUGGGGAGUGGCUGGUUUUGCACCUCAUUUGUUUUCCAGACUGAGACUCUAUGUUUUUGUUGUUUCGUUUUGUUUUUUAUUUUAUUUUGGAUUGUAGACUUUGAACUCCGGUUCUUUCACCCAGUGUGUGUCUUUUGUUGACUUUAGCUCCGUGCCUUGGACUGGUUCCCCUUUCAGUCCCCUGCUCUUGACUGGUCUGCCUCCCAGUCCCCGUUCCUGAUCUCAUUUCCUGGUAACUUCGUUCCCCUUCCAUCUGCUCCAUUGAGGACACUGUCGCAUUUAAGUGUGUGUGUGUGUGGGGGGGGGGGGGGGGGGGGGGUUCUUUGUAUUAAUUGGAACGUAUAUAUGUGUGCUUGGAGCUUAGUCCGCUGUCCAAAUCUCGAGAUUUGAGGGCUCCAAGCACUACUGUUUGCUUGAUAUUUGAUCGUAUUGGCACUGUGGAUAAGAUUAGUGAAUUGAAUGGCUUUUGACUUAAUGCAUGACAACUUGAGUGUGACUAAGACAACUUAUUAUGAUGACUGAGAUGUGCAGUAGAACUGUGUAGGGGUUCAGUUUUUCAACUGUUUGCUUACCAACUGUGACUUGGAUUGAUCACUUGCUUUUGACAGUCAUUUAUGCAUCUAGUUCAGGGAAUCAGAAUGAGAGAUAGAGCAUAUAGGUAGCCAUGUGAGACUUGAGCCUGCUCGUUUCUUUCUUGUGCGAUAGUUCCCUCUUCCAUGAUAUGCAGCAUUCACGUUGUCAUUAGCUAAGAUGAUGGAGGCGUAGGAUUAACCCACGACCAAAUUGACUGCCCUGAUGUGUCACACCCCCUAGUCAGCCCUUUGAGCCGUGUGUUAUCCUUUCUUUCGGUCUUAUGGAAAACCCCCCUUUGCAUCUUUUAGAAGGUUCCACAGAGUGGUUUCUCCAUGUUCUAUGCUGUUUCUGCUUAAUAUAAUGUGAGAGUUGGAGGUAGUUCUUGAAAAAAAUGAAAAGGGCAUGUGUUUGCAAAAAUGUGCAUAGGUGGUGGUUCUCUCAAGAAAUGAAAAAAAAAAAGAAGUGAAUGAAAGCAAAAGAGAGCCACCACCACAAAAUCUGAAUAGCGCCCAUUGAGUAGUGUUUCUUAGCAGUGUGGUUUGGAAAUACUACGUUUUUUUGUUACCUCCUUCGCUCUUGUGUUUUAAAGAAAAUGAGUAAUGCAGAAUGGCAGAAAGAAAGAGUGGUUUGAUUGACUGUGAGUGUGUUGGGUUUGGAAUUGUGGAACCUUGUGCUAUGAAUACUUUCACCACCUAAAAGGCCUUUUCCCCAUGUCGAAGACCCUAGCCAAUCAUCUGAACCUGUGUAUAAGACCUCCAGAUUAGUUAGUAGUGACACCUCAUAUGUGAACUCUAGCAUUUAGAGGCUGCCUUCAUGGUGAAGAGACGUUAGGGAUUGAGAGAAUAAGCAUGCGCUUUUUUC